AACAACAUCGUUAAACUUGCUGGUGGACAGUGCAAUUUAAUUUAUGAGACAUUUAUAAUGCGUUAAAUUGCAUUAUAAACAAAUUAAUUUAUUAAAAAUAUAAAGAAUGUCGUUCAUCGUCAAUACGAUACGCACUGCAAUUCGUGCAUGGACACCACAAGUGAAUACUGUACGGUAUCGUUAUCAUGCUGAUAAAAUUGCAAAAGGUCCUUUAGUACGAAGACGUGGUUAUGAGAGUCCAGUACAUGUAAGAGGAUUAUUACCUCAUACUGGUGGAUUGAACAGACUUCCAUUGCCAAUCUAUCGUCCUAAGAAUGUUUGGACAGAAAAACGCGCAUUGUUUGGACAAAAUGAUUAUAUUGAUAUUUUAGGAUCUGAAAAUUUGCAUCCAACAAGAAUAAUGUACAAUGUACAAUCUUGGUUAAGAGGAGUUAAAGGAAACGAAUAUCAAAUUUUGUUGAGAAGAAAGAAAAUGUGGGGACCUGGUAUCUUUCCUAUUGCAAGGCCAACCAAAUGGAGAGACCUGAUGAAGAGAAUCAACUUUCUAUAUAGGAGAUUAAAUAGAAAAACUAAAACAGGUUUUUCUAGAAAAUCAUAAUAAAUCAAAUAUCACGCUGUUUGUUAUAACUUUAAGAUUAAUAAUAAAUAUCAAUUAGAAAAGUUAAAAACUACUUCGAUCAUUCGGCGGAGAUAAGUGCACACAAAUUGUUUCCUUCUUUUAACGUUAUUCUUGAACAUUCUUUGACAAAGUAUAAAAUAGCGAAUUUAUUUAUUGACAAUAAUAUUCAUUAUCCAUCGGAUAUACGAUUAUUUUCACAAUGAUCAAGAUCGCAAAUGGUGUUUGUUAUGCUAAAAUACUUUUCAUAAUUGUUUUACUGUAAAAACAUUUCAUAAUUUCAUCACACGUAUAUACAUUUGUUAAGCAGAAAAGUUCUUAAUAAUCAAAAGAAGAUGGAUAUUUUCUAAGUACAAUUAGGGUUAAAGAAGCCCUAAGAAACUAAUUUUUUGCAGAUCUACGUUUGAUUAUACGCAUGUAUGAUGUAUGUGUGUGGGUGUGUGUUUUGUAUAUAUAUAUAUGCAUAUCCUAUGUAUGUACAAAAUAAUUGCGAGUAUUGUCGUCGAUUUUUCUUAAAAAAUACCUAUAAUCCGUUCUUAUCAAAAACUCGAGAACGUUGUAAUAUGAUGUUUAACGUGUUCCGCGAUGGUUCUUCCAUGGUAUUUAGCAAACUAGUUCAAUUAAUUUUCUCUAAAGUAGAUUCUAGUUUCAAUUUGUUUUUUUUUCAUUUCACACUCGAGGAAAGGUUUCUUCUUAAUAAUAUUAAUGAUAGUACGUAAAAAUAGAAUACAUACAUAUUGCAAAUUGCUAAUACUGUUUAAACCAUCUCAAAUAUAUAACUUGAAAACGGAUUGGGGGUGGGGGGUGGGGGGAGCGACUAAAAAUGAAUAAAAUCUGCUGCCUACACACACACCAUCGCGAACAAUACAAGAGAAAUGGCGAGAUAGAUCGUUAAUUCGGUUUAAGUUCUAUAUACAUAAAA